UAAGCUUUAUGCUCCAUGAAAUGCUCUGUGUGAUGUCCAUCCAGAAGGAAUAACACCAGCUGAGAGUGAUUAAUCUCUCUUCUACUACAUUUAGUGCGCUUGACCAAGCUGCAGCUAUCAGAUGAAACAUUAACCAAUGUUCUGCUGACAUGGUGGUACUCCUGCGUUUUUAGCAGUGAUAAAUGAGCUUGUGGGAGACAGCUCCAGGUCCAUAUUACGGGGAUCAUGCUCAGUCGUUGUCACAGGAACCACUGACUUACACGCAGCCCUGUCAAACAUCCGUUUAAACCUUCAGUGACCAAUGAGGAUGACGAAAACCACCUCACAUAGGGAUCCUAUUCUUUCGUCUUACUUUGGACCUUUUCCUUUGAGAGACUGACUUCUCAAUUUAUGAAUCCAUAUCAGGCCACUUUAGAGCCUGACCAGGGUCUCAAUUCAUUUUUUAAUCCAACUUUUGAAUAUUAUUUUUGGAUUUUUCAGCAAAGAUGGACAAUUAUUUUGCAUUUUUAGUGCAGAAUACUGACUGAUCAUAAGAUUGAUUUCAACCAAGGAGGUUUUACGACUAUACUCGACAAAAUCCCACAUUAGAUUGGGUGUUAUCUGAUCCACAGCGGGAUCUCUGGGCCUUGUGUCUCUCAUGCUUGUGGGCAUACAUGGCUCAGCUCCAGGUCACAGGUACGAGGUUUAGCUGGACCACUCUUCUGGCCCUGUCUCAAUUUACCUACCUGCUGUUGGGGGCCACCGUUUUCCAACUGCUUGAGAAAGAGGCUGAGAGCCAAAAUCGUAACCACUUUCAGAUGGAGAAACUCUACUUUCUAGCUAAUUACACCUGCCUGGACGGACAAGCCUUGGAGAAGUUUGUACAGGUGAUUUUAGAUGCAAGGGAAAGUGGGGUGAACCCUUCAGGAAACUCCACUAACCCGAGUAACUGGGAUUUUGGCAGUUCUUUCUUCUUUGCAGGGACAGUUGUCACCACUAUAGGCUAUGGAAAUCUCUCACCUACCACAUACCCAGGGCAGGUUUUCUGUGUGUUUUACGCCCUGUGUGGGAUCCCCCUUAACCUUGCCUUCCUCAACCAGCUCAGCAAGUGUCUCAGCGUUCAUCUGGGACGCCUGGAGCACAGGAUGAUGUCAAUGGUGCCUCACAAGCAGUGUAUGGAGGUGCUGGCGGUGGCCUUAUUCCUGCUCAUGGGCAGUAUGCUCUUCCUGAUCUUCCCGCCGGUGAUCUUCAGCUACGUGGAGGGCUGGUCAUAUGGAGAGGGCUUCUACUACGCCUUCAUAACACUCAGCACCAUCGGCUUUGGAGACUACGUGGUCGGAAAUGGGCAGGACAAGCAAAACGUCUCUGUGUACCGCUGCCUAGCAGCAGUGUGGAUCAUCUUUGCCCUGGCAUGGCUCGCCCUUCUUCUCAACAUAGGCGCCAGGAUCAUGGAGCAUUUUCUCUGCCUCAAACAGCCCCCCAUCACUGUGAGAGACGAGCGAAAGUCUUCAGUAAAGAAGCAGGAGGAGGGUCUGAGUACACCAGAGAACCAACCCCAAGAGAGGGAGAAGAGGGAGAAGAAAAAAUGCUUCUUCAAAAUCAGAAUGGUUUAAGCUUUGUGGUUUAAGACUCUCAAGAAAUGAGCUGUUAUUGGCUGUAAAGUGUACAUGUCAACCAUUUUGUUUUUUCAACAUCUUUGUACAUAUAAUGUGUACAUUAUAUUCUAGAUGUCAUACAUCACUUGUUGAAAUUUGUGCCAUGUUAAUGUCUUGUAACAACAACUUCUAUUAAUUUCAUGCCAUACAAUGUUUCCAUUUAAAAAGUUAAAUUACAUGGGAUAAAUCAGCAGAGCCCAAAUAUUUUGGCCCAAUAGAUUGUGAUUAUGGGUGCUAUAUGAAACCAAUAUCACAACUAAGGGGUCACCCCCAAAGGUUGUUGUUUUCACACUUGUGUUUUUUCCCCCUGAUAGUUUGGUGCAUUUGUUGAAGUGUGAAUAGUUUUCAAGCCCAGGAGUGGUCCAGAGAACCAACCCAUGGCCCUCUUAAAAAUGGUGGUCUGGGGCUCGGUUCAACCAAACCAUGGUGUGGUCUGCAUCAGGUGUGGAAGCUAACUGCUCUCUGCGCUGCAUGCCCAGUUAAGGGACUUGUUCAAGUUGUCAUGUUGCUUCCUGUUUUAUGAUGGUAAGGAAGAGUUGUUAUGGUCAGCAGAGGAGAUGGAACACCUUACUGUUAGCGUUGCAGUGAGAGCAUCAUAAAAAUGCACAGCUCAUGCUAGUCUGCGUGGCUAAAACUCUUCUUAUGCAUCCAAAAUGUGCUUUUCUUCACUUCUUUAGUGUUGGGAAGAGAAACGGAUGAUCCUAGUACUUACAAGUUUUGCAACAAAAUUAACAUACUGAAUUGCACAAUCAAUCCAUGGAUCAGAAGGUAUUCUUCCAUGUGAAACCAAAACUGCAAUGAGCCCCUCCUCCAAGAAAGCCCAGAAGCAGUUCUGGGAGUGGACUCAAGUGUUUGGGCCAAGUGUGAAAACGCCCUUAAAGUAAUUUGUGAGUCAAACACACCCAAAUUAAAGUGUGGAUGACAGCUCAAAGUUUUGCUGAUAGUCAUAUGACUUCUAAGCACUUGUAUCUACACAGUCUGCUUGUCAGUAGUGCAUUAUGCAUUUGCAUUUAUCCUUUGAGUAUUCUUGUUGUGCCUUGGUAUUUGCAUCCACUUUUUGUUUUUUACAUAGCUCAGGUUACAUCCAGGAUGAGCAUGCAUUCAGUCAACUAUCAAAAUACGUUAGACAUUUUACUGAACUGCUUUUCAUAUUUGAAGACCACUGCAGUCACUACAGAAUGAAGACGAGAGACAAUUUAAUCAAGACACUUGAAAUGGAUCAUCAUAAUACUGCCUAUUUGCUGUGUCAUUG